AUGGUCCGAUUGAUUUAUCUCGUUUCCGCUCUCGCAGCACAUGCUGCCAAUGCGAUACCUACACACGAUGAACGCUCGUACCAGAUAAAGGAAACGCAUAUCGUUCCAAGGAAGUGGCAGAAGGUUGAUCGCGCUCCCUCGAGCCAUAUCAUUGACCUUCAGAUUGGAGUGAGACAGGGUAACUUUGAAGAGCUGGAGAAGCGUCUUAACGAAGUUUCCCACCCUGACCAUGACAACUACGGCAAGCAUCUCACCCAAGAGGAUGUGAACGAGCUUAUCAAGCCUACUGAGGACUCUCUCAAGCUUGUUCUUGACUGGCUUAAAGAGAAUAAUGUUACUCCUGCAGGCUAUAGCGCUGCUAAAGAUUGGAUAACAGUAUCUCUCCCAGUCAGCUCUGUUGAGAAGCUGCUGAAUACGGAGUACCACACGUUCGAGCAUGACAACGGCAACCGCGUCUACCGAACAUCUCAAUGGUCUCUCCCCAUCCAUCUGCAUGAGCAUAUCGAGACUAUCCAGCCUACAACUUCUUUCUUCCGCGCCCACGCUCAGAGUUUCGACCAUAUUGUCGAGAGUUCCGAAGCAGCUAAUUCGCUCGCAUCAACAUACAGCCUUUCCGGGGGAGAUGAGAUCAGCAAGCUCUGCAACAUCAGCUCUGUAACUCCACAAUGCUUCGAGGUCCUGUACAAGACGAAAGGCUACAAGGCAAAGUCGGCUACGAGGAAUUCAGUCGGCUUUGCCAACUACCUGAAAGAGCAUCCUAUCCGUUCUGAUUUAGGAUUGUUCUUGUCUAAAUUCCGUCCCUUUGCUACAGCUGUCGCCAAGACUUUUAAGCAAUUGGUUAUCGCGGAUGGUCCAGGUGAUACCCCUCUCACAGCUGAGGACCUCGAGGAAUCCCGUUGCCAUGAGGCGAAUUUGGACGUGCAAGCUAUCGCCGGGAUUAAUUGGGACACCCCAAUCAUCAGUUAUUCUACAGGUGGGAGCCCCCCUUUCAAUCCCAGCGCCUCUACCCCAGACAACACAAAUGAGCCAUACCUAGCUUGGGUAAACUGGCUCAUCGACCAGAGGUCAAUCCCCAAUGUCAUUUCUACUUCGUACGGAGAUGAUGAGCAGAGUGUUCCACGCUCAUACGCAGAACGUGUGUGCAAGCAAUUCGCUGCCGUGGGCGCUCGAGGCACCUCCCUGCUUUUCUCUAGCGGCGACGAUGGUGUUGGCUCAUUCGCGCCGGAGGAAUGCAUUAGCAAUGAUGGCAAGAACACGACCAAGUUCCUGCCGGCAUUCCCAUCGUCUUGUCCCUGGGUCACCACGGUAGGCGCCACAAAGGAGUUCGCUCCAGAAGUUGUGGCCUGGCGCCCAGAAUUCACCGACUCUAAUGGAGUGCACCAUGGCAACUGGUCUUCCGGCAGUGGAUUCAGCAACUACUUCUCGGCCCCAGACUACCAAAAGAAGGAGGUGACAACCUAUAUCAAGAACUUGAAGGGCAAGUACGAUGGGCUAUACAACAAAGCAGGAAGAGGAUACCCUGAUAUCUCGGCUCAGGGAUUCUACUUCGCUUAUUUUUGGAAUGGCACUGAGGGUGUGAUCAGUGGCACGAGUGCCAGCACGCCACUUACCGCCGGUAUCAUUUCUCUUGUCAAUGAUGCCCUUAUCGCAUCUGGAAAACCCGUUCUGGGAUUCCUCAACCCUUGGCUAUAUUCAAAGGGCUACAAGGGCUUGAAUGAUAUUACCAUUGGUACCCCAUAUGGAUGCGGUACUGAUGGCUUCUCUGCAACUGAAGGUUGGGAUCCGGUUACAGGCCUAGGAACUCCCAACUUCCCCGAGCUUGUCAAGCUGGCUGGGGGUAGAAUUUAG